AUGCUCGCCCAAACUCUACACAUGGCCAACCCAAACCCGAUCGAAACCAACUGGUUCAAUUUCGGCUUUUGCACCUGUGACGAUGAAUACAAAGAAAGGAGCCUUGGGGGCCUGUACCAAAGACUACUCGUUGGCGACAAACUAUACGACGAUGUCCCAACCCGCAUGCCGCGAAUGAAAGAUGUACAAACAGCCACAUUCACGGAGUUCUGGAAGGCCUAUGAAUCAGGAACCAUGAUUCAACUAAUGGACUCGAAGGGCCUUGGACGCGCGCGGCUUCAGUUCCCCUUUCUAGAAGAGUUCUUCUCCAGUCCGCCCUAUGGGCCGCAUCUGUCUGUCUGGUCGCUGAAGCAAUUCCUGGCUAUUAAUAACCCAGCUGAGUUCCCGCCCAUUCCUGCGAUCAGCGUGGACUACGGAUUCGGAAACUGUGAGACAUUCACGGAAACGUGCACCUUGAUGGAAAUUUACAGGAGACUGCUGGGUAAUGCUAGUCCGCUGGAUCUCCACGGGGCGUGUGUUGCUGGGAAGCUGUUUGACUUUGCGGAGCGCUUUCACAAGAUGGAUCAGUCGCAUAGGAGGUUGAUGAAGAACUUUUAUCCCUAA